AUGGCAACCACUCAAAUUGCAACACCACCUCCAUCAAAUGGAUCUCAAGCAACAACAACUCCCAAACGUAAUUUCUUUAGCAAACUAAUAAAGAAGAAAAGCGAUUCUAAUGACAACAGCAAACAGCAGAAACAGGAAUUGUCAACAUCUCACAUUCCAACACCAAGAAAUAGUAACGGCGGUAGACGUUCUUCUGUACUGAGAGGAGGUCUUCGUAGAUCACCUGAUGGUAGUAAACGUACAAGUAUUGUUGAUUACGGGGAUGAAAGUCUAUAUAAUGGUGACGAGGAAGAAGAAGAAGAGGAAGAAGGCGAUUACACAUUAAAUGAAUCAUUCUUAUCCCUGGUGGAAUCUUUGGAUGCUUUAUUAAAUAAAGAUAGAUAUUAUUCCCUAACUGAAAAAGUUCAAUUCCCGCCAAUAGAUACCGAGUUAACUAAAUUGAAUUUAGAAAAUGAUGAAGAGCCUCCCUGGAAUGGAUUGACUUAUGAAUCAUUCAUAACUCCAAAAUAUGUAAAAGUAUCCCGAAAACACAAAAAAAGUCCCAAGGUGCUAAACAACUUGUUUCUUGCCCAGGAAUUGAACGUAAAUAAUCCAGAGGAAGAAAGACAACCUAAUGGAAGUACAUCGACUGAUAGUGAAGAAGAGGAGAAUAUCUUAAACUAUGAAGCAAGCAUACGAAAUGAAGAGCUUCUAGGUAAUAGAAGUAAUGAAAUCUUGACUAUGGAAUUUAGUAAAGACGGGAAAUAUCUUGCUGCAGCAGGUAGAGAUUCCAUUAUUAGGAUAUGGAAAGUUAUAUCUUCCCCAUUGGGAAGAUUGGAAUACAAUAAUCGAGAACGAGAAAAUGGAACUCCGAAAAGAAGUAACAAGCGUGAUCCUAUAUUCGACUCAGCACCAGUAUUUCAUAGGCAACCAACAAGAAUUUUCAGAGGUCAUACCCAGAGUGUAUUAACAUUAGCAUGGAGCAAGAAUAAUUUCUUAAUUUCAGGAAGUAUGGAUAAAACAGUCAAAUUAUGGCAUGUAGAUCGAGAAAAAUGCUUACAAACCUUCCAUCAUGAAGAUUUUGUCACUGCAGUAAAAUUCCAUCCUUUAGAUGAUAGAUUCUUUAUGAGUGGGUCCUUGGAUAAUCAUGUACGGCUUUGGUCAGUUUUGGAAAAGUCGGUUUCAUAUAUUAAGGGUCUAGGUGAAGAUAUUUUGAUUACUGCACUUUCAUUUACACCGAAUGGACUGCAUUGUGUAAUUGGAGGCUUUAAUGGAUCUGUAUUUAUCAUGGAGACAAAGGGUUUAUAUGUGAUACAGAGAUUUGAGAUUAUGAAUCGAUCAGUUAUUCAUUUCGGUAAUAAGAAUGGGAAUAAAAUUACCGGGAUUAAAAUUUUUGAAAAUCCAUUGUUUGAUCCUAAUGUUGCAACAUCAGAAUUAGAUAAAUGGGCAGUAUUAAUAACAACCAAUGAUUCUAAAAUUAGAUUGUCAACAACUACACUGAAGAAAUUAAUAACAAGAUUUAAAGGAUUAACUAAUAAUUCUUCAUCAAUAGUCGCAGGUCACUCCGAUGACAAUAGGUAUAUCGUUUCUGGUUCAGAAGAUCAUUAUUGUUAUGUAUGGGAGAACAACAGUAGUAUUAUCAAUAACAGAUUGAAACAAUCUUUACGAGAAUUCGUUAUCGAUGGAAAAGAUCAAUUAAAUAAAAAGAGUCAGAGAUAUUCAAGAUUCAUUAAAGCAGACAAAUUCAUCAAGAAGUUAUUGGAUGACGGACAAAGACAAACAUAUGAAUUCGUGGCGACUGAAAACAACAGUUAUUCAUGUUUCCAUGCUCAUCAUUCAAGAUGUAAUGCUGCCAUAUUUGCCCCAGAAGCAACCAAGAAAUUAUUGCAAUUGUCCGAUGAUAUUAUUUUUGAUUUGCAAAAGAGAGGAGAGCAAGCUUCGUUUGAUAUGUCCAAAUAUGAAUGUAGCAAGGAUGGAGAUAAAUCUAAAAUAGAAGAAGAGUUGCAAGCAGGGCAUAUUAUUGUGACAACUGAUCAAUAUGGAUUAAUAAGAGUAUAUAGACAAGACUGUGCUCAUGUCCAUCGGAAACGAUUUGUCGCUUUCUACAAGCAUUGUCAAGCUAAAAUGGAACCUAAAUUGGAUUGUCCUGGUGAUAUGGUCUUAAAGACUGGCCGUCUAUCAUCAUUAAAAGAAAUCCCAUUGAGAAAAAAGCCAGCCAGAGGUAGAAGUUCAUCUCCGAAUCCGAUAGAAAGAAAGGGAAGCGGAAGCAUCAAAAAGAGAUUAUCGUCAAGUAUGAGACAGACAACUAAUGUAAUAACUUCAGCUCCUAGUGCUAUCUCAUCAGCUGUCGGUGGAUUAGCUGUAAAUACUAUGCCAAAAGUGAUUUCAUCGAGCUCGUUAAUGAAUUUAAAAGGCGCUUCCAGAUCUUCCAGUAAUAAUGCGCUUUUCAACCAAGCUGAUAUGUCGAUGACAUUGGAACAUCCGCUUUAUGCGGGAAAGAAUGAAAGUGAUAUUACGUUGAAUCUUAUCCCGAAUCAAAAAGCGCAAACAUUAAGUUCCAGUCACGAACAGUUUCCAAGCUUAAAUACUACGCCUUCGGUAUCGCUACCUAUGAUUAUAACUCCGACUAAUCGUACUUCAAGUCUGAACGAGCAGGCAAUAAGUCUUAAGGAACCAACAACAUUGCAUGAAAAAAUGGAGAAUUUAAAAAUAUCUCCCCUGACUUCAAGGAAAGGUAAGAAUAAGAGGUAG